GCGAGCAGGGCGGCCCCAUGGCCGGGCCCCCCUGAGGCAGUCCGGGGGAGUCCCCUCCCCUCCCCAGCUCGGGGGUCUCGGGGCCCAUGAGCCGGGGCGCGGGCGCGCUUCAGCGCCGGACAACGACCUACCUCAUCUCGCUGACCCUGGUCAAGCUCGAGUCGGUGCCUCCGCCGCCGCCUUCACCAUCUGCGGCCGCAGCCGGCGCCCCCGGGACCAGAGGUGCCGAGACCGGGGAUCCUGGCAGCCCCCGAGGCGCGGAGGAGCCGGGCAAGAAGCGGCACGAGCGUCUCUUCCACCGACAGGAUGCGCUGUGGAUCAGCACGAGCAGCGCGGGCGCCGGGGGCGCCGAGCCCCCCGCCCUGUCCCCGGCUCCGGCCAGUCCGGCCCGCCCCGUCUCCCCUGCUCCCGGCCGCCGCCUCUCCCUCUGGGCCGCUCCUCCCGGGCCCCCGCUCUCCGGGGGGUUAAGUCCCGACCCCAAGCCUGGGGGCGCCCCCACCUCCUCCCGACGCCCCCUGCUCAGCAGUCCCAGCUGGGGGGGCCCGGAACCAGAAGGCCGGGCGGGCGGCGGCGUCCCCGGCUCUUCCUCCCCGCACCCGGGCACCGGCAGCCGGAGGCUCAAGGUGGCGCCUCCUCCGCCGGCUCCCAAGCCUUGCAAGACCGUGACCACGAGUGGCGCCAAAGCCGGCGGGGGCAAGGGCGCCGGUAGCCGCCUGUCAUGGCCCGAAAGCGAGGGCAAGCCCAGGGUCAAGGGGUCAAAGAGCAGCGCCGGGACUGGAGCUUCUGCCGCUGCCGCUGCUGCCACCGCCGCCGCCGCCGCCGCCGGGGGAGGGGGAGCGGCAGCCACGACCUCUGGUGGGGUCGGGGCUGGGCCUGGAGCCCGAGGGAAGUUGUCCCCUCGGAAAGGCAAGAGUAAGACCUUGGACAACAGUGACUUGCACCCAGGACCGCCGGCCGGCUCUCCUCCUCCGCUAACAGUCCCAGCAACUCUGACUCCAGCCACCGCUGUCACCGCUGCCUCCGCGAUGCCCACUGGGCCUGCACCUCCAAUCACUCUGGAGCCUCCAGCUCCCGGGCUGAAACGGGGCCGGGAGGGGGGCCGUGCAUCCACUCGAGAUCGCAAGAUGCUCAAGUUUAUCAGCGGCAUCUUUACCAAGAGCACAGGGGGGCCUCCUGGCUCCGGGCCCCCUCCCGGACCCUCGAUCUUGUCUUCUGGCAGCGGGUCCAGGGAGCUGUUGGGCGCAGAGCUCCGUGCCUCCCCUAAGGCUGUGGUCAAUAGCCAGGAAUGGACUUUGAGCCGCUCCAUUCCUGAACUGCGCCUGGGUGUGCUGGGUGAUGCCAGGAGUGGGAAGUCAUCGCUCAUCCACCGGUUCCUGACUGGCUCAUACCAGGUGCUGGAGAAGACAGAGAGUGAGCAGCACAAGAAGGAAAUGCUGGUGGAUGGACAGACUCAUCUGGUGUUGAUCCGAGAGGAAGCUGGGGCGCCUGAUGCCAAGUUCUCAGGCUGGGCAGAUGCUGUGAUCUUGGUCUUCAGCCUGGAGGAUGAGAACAGUUUCCAGGCCGUGAGCCGUCUCCAUGGGCAGCUGAGCUCCCUCCGGGGGGAGGGACGAGGAGGCCUAGCCCUGGCACUGGUGGGGACACAAGAUAGGAUCAGUGCAUCCUCCCCUCGGGUUGUGGGCGAUGCUCGUGCCAGGGCUCUGUGUGCCGACAUGAAGCGCUGCAGCUACUAUGAGACCUGUGCGACCUACGGGCUCAAUGUGGACCGAGUCUUCCAGGAGGUGGCCCAGAAAGUGGUGACCUUGCGCAAACAGCAACAGCUUCUGGCUGCCUGCAAGUCUCUACCCCGCUCCCAGCACUCCGCUGCUUCCACUCCUGUAGCUGGGCAGGCUAGUAAUGGAGGCCACACUAGCGACUACUCUUCAUCCCUCCCAUCCUCACCCAAUGUUGGUCACCGGGCUCGAGCUGAGGCAGUUGCGGUGGCUGGAUUGAGCACCCCAGGGUCCCUGCACCGGGCAGCCAAGCGCAGGACCAGCCUCUUUGCGAAUCGUCGGAGCAGCGACUCUGAGAAGAGGAGCUUGGAUAGUCGGGGAGAGACAACAGGGAGUGGGCGAGCCAUCCCCAUCAAACAGAGCUUCCUCCUAAAGCGAAGCGGCAACUCCUUGAACAAAGAGUGGAAGAAGAAAUACGUGACCCUGUCCAGUAACGGCUUCCUACUCUACCACCCCAGCAUUAAUGAUUACAUCCACAGUACCCAUGGCAAGGAGAUGGACUUGCUACGAACAACAGUCAAAGUCCCUGGCAAGCGGCCCCCACGGGCCAUCUCUGCUUUUGGCCCUUCCGCCAGCAUCAACGGGCUGGUAAAGGACAUGAGCACUGUCCAGAUGGGGGAAGGUCCUGAAGCCACCACUCCCACCCCAAGCCCGAGCCCCAGCCCCAGUUCCCUGCAGCCACCACCAGACCAGACAUCCAAGCUCCUGAAGCCAGACCGGAAUUUGGCCCGAGCCCUCAGCACUGACUGUACCCCAUCCGGAGACCUGAGCCCCCUGAGUCGGGAACCCCCUCCUUCUCCCAUGGUGAAGAAGCAGCGGAGGAAAAAGUUGACAACGCCGUCUAAGACUGAAGGCUCGGCCGGGCAGGCUGAAGAGGAAAACUUCGAGUUCCUGAUCGUGUCCAGCACUGGUCAGACGUGGCACUUUGAGGCAGCCAGUUUUGAGGAGCGGGACGCCUGGGUUCAGGCCAUCGAAAGUCAGAUCCUAGCCAGUCUGCAAUGCUGUGAGAGCAGCAAGGUCAAGCUACGCACAGACAGCCAAAGCGAAGCGGUGGCCAUCCAGGCGAUCCGGAACGCCAAGGGGAACUCUAUCUGCGUGGACUGCGGGGCCCCCAACCCCACGUGGGCCAGCUUGAACCUGGGCGCACUCAUCUGCAUCGAGUGUUCUGGCAUUCACCGGAACCUGGGCACACACCUGUCCCGCGUUCGCUCGCUCGACUUGGACGACUGGCCGCGGGAGCUGACCCUGGUGCUGACAGCUAUUGGCAACGACAUGGCCAACAGCGUGUGGGAGAGUGACACGCGGGGCCGCGCCAAACCCACACGGGACUCUUCGCGAGAGGAGCGUGAGUCAUGGAUUCGCGCCAAGUACGAGCAACUGCUGUUCCUGGCGCCUCUGGGCACUCCCGAGGAGCCGCUGGGCCGCCAGCUGUGGGCUGCAGUGCAGGCCCAGGACGUGGCCGCCGUUCUCCUGCUCCUGGCCCAUGCGAGACACGGGCCUCUUGACACCAGCCCCGUAGAGGACCCGCAACUUCGCUCCCCACUUCACCUGGCUGCUGAGCUCGCCCACGUCGUCAUCACACAACUGCUGCUGUGGUACGGCGCCGACGUUUCCGCCCGCGACGCGCAGGGCCGGACAGCGCUGUUCUACGCCCGCCAGGGUGGAAGUCAGCUGUGUGCCGACAUCCUUCUCCAGCACGGCUGCCCGGGUGAGGGCGGCAGCACAGCCACCACCCCCAGCGCGGCCACCACCCCCAGCGCGGCCACCACCCCCAGCAUUACCGCCACGCCCAGCCCCCGCCGCCGGAGCAGCGCCGCCAGCAUGGGCCGAGCCGACGCCCCAGUCGCGCUGGUAUAGUUGCGCCGCGGGAGAGACACCCCCACUCCCACACAGGCCGGGCACGACCCCACCGGGUGGACCGCUGGACAGAUGCACCCACGCACCUCUCCAACCCGCACCCUGCCCCCCGGGAGCACUUCUUCCCUCCACAAGGGCACAGCCCCCACGCCUCCCGGAAGACACAAACUCACCUCCCUCUCCCCAACGAGGCAUGGAGACCCCAGCUUGACACGCCCCCCGCGUCCCUCCCCGCCUCCACCGUUUCCACACUCGGAUUGCUCUGGGUCUACCCGCUGGGUGUUUGCGGGAGGGGACGGCCCUGCUGUGGUCCUGGCUCCUAGCCAUUUGGCUGUGCCCGCUCGCGCCCCCUAGGGGCGGGGGAAAGGACCCAGGCCCGCCUGUGCUGACGAUCCCACGGCGGCGGGAGCACUUACCCAGGCUGGCUCCUGGGGCGACGCCACGCCACAGGGAGGGGUUAGUACGUGGGAGGGCUGGCCCUGGGACUUGGGGCCAAUAAGGGGGACCCUACCCCUUCCACGCUAAUCUCACUGCCCAGUGAAGGGGGAAGGGCAGCGAGGGGCAGGACCCCUGCUGCCCAUGGGGGUAGGGGGGUCCCCAACCCUUUCCGUGAAAGGGACCAUGAGGAGUGGAAAUAAGGACGUCCCCCUACAUCCACCCAUGGAUGGAAGCUAAAGGGUCGGGGGAGCCAAAAGCCUGGGUCCCUCCUCACGACUAUCUUGGGAGGGAGAAGGGAUGGAGCAGAAGUGGGCUAAGGGGACGGGGGAGGGGACUUGUAAUUUAUUGCUUUGUACCCC